ACAUAAUUGAGACGUAUUGGAUUGAUUUUAUCUCCCUCUCCAUGCCAUGUUUCGUCCUUCUUCCCUUUACCAAUACUCUCAUACUCAUGUUGCAAGUUCAUUCAAGAGCUUUUUCUUCUUCAUUCCAACUACCUUAGCUCUAUUAACCUCACUUUCCAUUCUCUUCUAUGUUUACUAUACCUCAAUCAUCUUCACACACCAUCAUCAACAUAACAACCAACAAUCCACUCUUAUUAACUUCAAAUCAUCAUCUCCAAAUUUCAUUCUUCCUUCUCCAACCCCUCACUUAACCAAUACCUUACACAACAAUCAUUCUGAGUUCAUCAAGUCUCAUACUUUCCAAUUGGGUCAUGGCCUUGGACCACAAAGUCAACGGGGUUUGCCACCUCAAUCCAGCUCAAAUGGACAAAACAAACACGAAAACUCAGUUUUUGACGGUUCAAGAAAAUUUAAGGAAAACAACAAUGUGUUCCAUGAUAGAGAUAUCUUUCUAGAAGACUAUAAAGAAAUGAAUAGAAGCUUUAAGAUAUAUGUUUAUCCUCACAAGAAAGAUGAUCCUUUUGCAAAUGUGCUAUUACCCGUGAAAACUGAACCCAGUGGCAAUUAUGCCAGUGAAAGUUACUUCAAGAAAGCACUUAUGAAGAGUCAUUUCAUUACAAAAGAUCCAACAAAAGCAGAUCUUUUCUUCAUGCCUUUUUCCAUAGCAAGUUUGCGGCAUGAUCGUCGAGUUGGUGUGGGAGGUAUCCAAGAUUUCAUUAGAGACUAUGUUCAAAAUAUGAUUCACAAGUAUCCGUAUUGGAACCGCACCAACGGCGCGGAUCACUUUUAUGUGGCAUGUCAUUCAAUUGGAAGGUCUGCCAUGGAUAAAGCACCAGAUGUGAAAUUCAAUGCCAUUCAAGUUGUUUGUUCAUCAAGUUAUUUCUUAAGUGGUUAUAUUGCUCAUAAGGAUGCAUGCCUACCACAAAUUUGGCCUAGAAAUGAAAAUCCACCCAACCUUGUUUCAUCAAAUAGGAAAAAGCUAGCUUUCUUUGCUGGAGAAGUGAAUUCGCCGGUACGGAUAAAUCUUGUGGAGACAUGGAAAAAUGAUACAGAAAUCUUUGUUCACAAUGGAAGACUAAAAACACCAUAUGGUGAUGAGUUAUUAGGAAGCAAGUUCUGUUUUCAUGUUAGAGGCUAUGAAGUGAACACAGCACGUAUUGGAGAUUCAUUAUACUAUGGUUGUGUUCCAGUGAUCAUUGCCAACUAUUAUGACCUUCCAUUUGCAGAUGUGUUGAAUUGGAAGAGCUUUUCUGUUGUUGUUACUACUUUAGAUAUACCUUUAUUGAAAAAGAUUCUGAAAGGUAUAGUAAAUUCUGGUGAGUAUUUGAUGCUACAGAAGAAUGUGUUGAAAGUGAGGGAGCAUUUUCAGUGGCAUUCACCUCCCAUUGACUUUGAUGCAUUCUACAUGGUUAUGUAUGAAUUAUGGCUUAGACGAAGUUCUAUACCUAUUCUUUUGGGGGAUUCUUAGGAACUGCACUGCAUUUAUUUAAGUGUAUUGAAUUGGUUUGCUCUGCAAAGUAGAGUUAUAUUAUCCGGAGUAUUAUUUGUACAUAAUUGCCACCAAAGUAGUUCACACAAGAUCAAUAAAGUAACCAUAUGUUUGCGUUUGAUCCAA